AUGGUAAGACGCCCUGAAUACUGUCCACCGUAUGCGAUCGUGUCUCCGGAUGGAUUGAGAUGGCCUGCACGCGAGACAUGGCAGAAGAGAGUGGGGCAUCUGAUGAAGGAGGCAAGAAGCGACACAACACGAUGCGAAUGCGUGAUGGAGAGCAUAUGCAGUCUGACCUCGCAAGAUUGAGAUGGAAAACUCGAAUGAUCGAUCUGCCAGUCACGAGCAAGAGAGUGGGACAUCAUACGGAACAGACAGGUGGAAGAUUGGGACAUGCGCACGUCCACAGGGCACGAUCGCUGCGGCAAAUGCACACGAGUAUCAUGGAGGAGUUGCUAAUAGGAGCCGGCAAUAGGUUAACGUACCAAAGACUCGCCGUACCUACUGCAAGGGCAAGGAUUGCAAGAAGCACACCCAACACAAGGUCACUCAGUACAAGGCUGGCAAGGUACGACAACCACAGCGAUGAUGCGACUUGGACCAAUGCUCAUACAUUUCUUCAGGCUUCCCUCUUCGCUCAGGGUAAGCGCCGUUACGACCGCAAGCAAUCCGGUUAUGGUGGUCAGACCAAGCCCGUGUUUCACAAGAAGGCCAAGACUACGAAGAAAGUCGUGCUCCGGUUAGAAUGCACGCAAUGCAAGACCAAGGCACAGCUGGCGCUCAAGCGCUGCAAGCACUUCGAGUUAGGGUAUGUUUAAUAUGGAUCGGCUGCGUCUCGGAGCAACACUGACCCCUUCACAGUGGUGACAAGAAGACCAAGGGUGCUGCUCUUGUCUUCUAA